AUGGACAACUCCCUCUUCUCCUACUCCCUCCGAGUCCCUGCAGGUUGGUCAGGCCGCAUUUGGGGUCACCAUGAAUGUUCCUUCAACGCCUCCGGCAGAGGUAGCUGUGCCACCGGUGACUGUGGUGGUUCUCUCUACUGCAAUGGCCUAGGAGGAGUAUCCCCUGCAACCCUUGCAGAGAUAACACUUGGAGAAGAGGAUUUCUAUGAUGUAAGCCUUGUUGAUGGCUACAACAUUGCCGUCUCCAUCACCCCAUUUAGGGGAAAAGGGAAAUGUAGCCGUGCGGGUUGUAUUAGUGACCUUAACGCAAUGUGCCCAGCUGGGUUGCAGGUGAAAUCUCAUGACAACAAGGUUGUGGCUUGCAAAACCCUUGGGGAACUCCCGCCUAGAGCCACAAAAGCUCUCCGACCGAUGAAUCCUCUCACUACUAUAGGAAAUCCGAGGUGAAGAAAGUGAAAUACCCCUAUCACCGCAAUCCCAAUAACGGUCGAA